CCCCUCCAGGUUGCACUUGACUCCUGCCAGGAACACCUUCAUUCCCCGGCGGGAAGGCCUGGGCCGCACUCGUCUACGUGCGCCUACGCCCCCUCGUGCGGUGCCGCAGAUCGGGCGAGACCCUCCGGGAAGGGGGCCGAGGCCGGUGCGUGCCGGGAGCUUGGCAGGGCCAGCGAGCACCCGCCUCGGCCUGGGGUCCUAGCCAGAAUUGUCCUGAGGACCUGCCGGAGCUCUCGGGGAGGCCCAAACGGCGCGACGAUACCCCGGAGAGCCCGGCGGGGCUUGCGUAGACGCCACAUUCCGUCGGCCGUAACUCGCACCUCGGCCCCUGCCGAGUGUCCUUGAGGCAGGGACGCCAUCAGUUCAGGGUACAAGAAAUAAGCAGGCGUCUUAAACUCGAGGGCACGUAAGAGAUGAAACACCGGACUUCCUGCGGGAGACUGCGCGCCCCGCUCGUCGUUUCUGCCGGGCUACGCCCCGCCCCGCGCAGGCGCCGAGCCUCCGAGCUCUCCACUCGCCCGUAGACACGCGCGGACGCAGCAAUGGUGGACUCCGAGCUGCAGCUGGUGGCGCGGGGCAUCCGCAGCUUCCCGGACUUCCCCAUCCCGGGCGUGCUGUUCAGGGACAUCUCGCCCCUCUUGAAGGACCCUGACUCCUUCCGCGCUUCCAUCAGUCUCCUGGCGAACCACCUGAAGAAGACCCACGGCGACAAGAUCGACUACAUUGUGGGCCUAGACUCGCGAGGCUUUCUGUUUGGCCCCUCCCUGGCCCAGGAGCUUGGUUUGGGCUUCGUGCUCAUCCGAAAGCGAGGGAAGUUGCCGGGUCCCACCGUGUCUGCCUCCUACACACUGGAAUACGGGAAGGCUGAGCUGGAAAUCCAGAAAGAUGCCCUGGAGCCGGGGCAGAAGGUGGUCAUCGUGGAUGAUCUGCUGGCCACUGGCGGAACCAUGCGCACAGCCUGUGAUCUGCUGGUCCAACUGCGUGCCGAGGUGCUGGAAUGUGUGAGCCUGGUGGAGCUGACCUCGCUGAAGGGCAGGGAGAAGCUAGGGGCCGUGCCCUUUUUUUCCCUCUUGCAGUACGAGUGACCCAGGCACCUUGCCCCACACCAACUGGUAAAAGGAAAGGUCCGGCCUAAGUGGCUAGUGACCUCCACUGGCCGCCAGGGGGCACUGACUGCCCACCUAGGCUUUUUAAAAUUUUUUAUGGUUGAGUGAUUCUCUCCAGUAUCUGGAGCCCUUCCCGCAAAUUCUGGAAGUGAAAAGGGCUGGAGCUGAUGGCCCAGGGAAAAGCCAAGUCCAGCUACUUGACUUUUUACAGUGAAAUGACAUGAAUAAUCAA